AGAUUACCUUAUUUAUUUAAGUAUAUUAUAUUGGCGCGGCGCAUUAUAAAUGCAAUUCGCUAAUCCCCAUUACACACAAUAAAAUUCACCCCUAUACAAAUAUUAGUCAGACGUCCUCGCGAGAUUUAUUCCACCUCCGCCCCACUCGCUGCGUUCUCCUCUCUGACUGGUAGGGAGAAGGAGCGCAGUCUCCUUGAAUUAAGGAUAGUAGCAAUUCCAGUUGUUCUAAUGUGACUCAAGUUCGUUGUGUGAUCUUGAUAUAUAAAGUUGGUAUAAACGUGGACUAUGGGAGUGAAUAAUUUAAUGUUUUUCAAAGAAGAUCAUCUUCCUAUUUUGCUGUGAACAUAGUGACUUCUGAAGGCUUGUCUCGUCUUACUGCUCCUCUUAUGUCUAUUGCUGCUGAUGGGUGUAAGUAAGCUGGAUGUUCUCUACAGAAGGCUUCUUCUGACUAAACUUUUCAUACAAGGAUGGGGAAAGCCAGAAGACUUAAAAAGGCUGUUUGAGUUUAGGAAGAAAAUUGGGAAAAGAGAACUGUGUCAGCAUCUGGUUCCAAAAGACUAUCCUGUGUUCAUAGAUAAGGUUUCAGUUUAUUGUGCCCAAAGAAUGGAAGAGCAAAUACAGACCUGUAUGUAUACAUCUGGCUGGCACAGGAGACCAUUUUUAUUGGAGAAGACGUGCUUUAAUGGCCCGACCAAUGAUAAAGGAAGCAGGUAUGGCAUCACUGCUGCUGGAAAAUCCAUAUUAUGCGAUCAUGCUUAAAAAAUGUCUCUGACCUCUUUGUGAUGGGUGGAGCCCUUGUUUUGGAGUCAGCAACUCUUUUACAUUGGUUGGAGAGAGAAGGCUUCUUUCCAUUAGGAAUGACAGGAAUAUCAAUGGGAGGACAUAUGGCUUCACUGGCAGUAACUAACUGGUCCAAGCCAAUACCUUUGAUUCCAUGUCUGUCGUGGUCUACAGCUUCUGGGGUAUUUACCACGGGAGUUUUAAGCAGAGCUGUUGACUGGAGAGAGCUGGAAAAACAGUAUGCCACGCAAACAGUUUAUGAAGAAGAAAUUUCCCAGCUGCUGGAAUACUGUGGAAAGAGUUGCUUAUUAAGAUGGUGUGAAAUGAUUGGAAAGAAUGAUUCUUUUAAAAUGGGCCAAGAUUUUUUUAAGAAUGCUCCUUUCAGCUUGGACAGUUUGCAGCAUCUGGAUCUUGCUACUAACAUGCUGCACUUUCCCAGUGCUAACAAGCAUAUACCAACAAAAACUGUUUCUCCCUUCAGUACUGCCAGACCUGCUACCAUAAGUGCCUCUGCAGAAGGGCUUUUGUUUCAAGGACCCUCAAAAGUCAGUUUCCGUAAUGAAACUGUAACAGAUGUAAAUAAUAAUGCGCAUCCGUGUACAGAAGAUGAACAAAAAAAGAAAACAGAGAAACGCAGAACCAGUCUUCAGAGGGAAGCUCUACUGUUUAUGAAAGGAGUAAUGGAUGAAUGUACUCAUGUAGCAAAUUUCUCAGUUCCUAUUGACCCUAGUCUAAUUAUUGUUGUACAAGCCAAAGAAGAUGCCUAUGUCCCAAGAACUGGAGUGCGUAGUCUUCAGGAAAUCUGGCCAGGAUGUGAAAUACGAUAUUUGGAAGGGGGUCACAUUAGUGCCUAUCUAUUCAAACAAGGUGUAUUCCGACAAGCCAUUUAUGAUGCAUUUGAACGGUUUCUACAAAAGUAUUCCAUCUGAAGGAUAAUGUCAGGAUAAUUUCUCUUCAGUCUCCUUAAAAAUAUUUUUGUAAAUUAGUAUACAAAAUUAAUAAAACAAAUCAAGUUUUUAAAAAGCUACCACUAAGGUAGGCUUAAAGUCCGUGUUUCAGAAAUUUAAUGAGAUAGCGUUGAUUUUUAGCAUAAAGCUGAUAAAAUGUUACAUACAAUUCUUAUUUAAUUAACUCACUAAUUGUAGUCCUAAAAUGUUUUGUCUUCUUCCUCUUGCUGUACAAUAUUUUAUGAAACUUUUGGAAGAUGUAUAAUAAAAUAAUUUUAUGCGAUUGUCUGACUUUGUAGUACUGGCUUACAUUGCGCACUUCAGUUUUCACCAGCUGCCUUCUUAAAUGUUUGUAAAACAAUCUUAAAUAAAGUUUACUUUGUGAUAAAUUAAA